AUGGCAAGCAACUCGACUCAGCCACGCACGUUCAGUCCGGAAGGGGUACCGGCACCACCGCCGACCUACAACCACGUUGCAGUCACUCCUCUGCUCUCAUCCUCCCGACUCGUCACGCUUGCCGGGAUGACCGGGUGCGACCCCGCCAGCUCUGAAAACCCCCACACAGUCCAUGAGCAAGCCCCUAUUGCGUACGAGAAAAUUCAUAAGGCACUUGCCGCUGCUGGUGCCACCCCGCGCGAUAUUGUUCAAGUCAGGCAUUACAUCGUAAAGGAGACGGGUAAUGCAGAAAUCGACCGCCUAGAUGUGGUAGACCGUGGCUGGGGUGACUUAUGGAUAGAGUUCAUGGACAGGACCGCCGAUGGUCAUCGCCCUCCGGAUACCGUUGUGGGAGUGGCCAGUUUGGCGAAAAGCGAUAUACUAUAUGAGUGCGAGGUAUGGGCUAUUUCCCAGGGGAACUGA